AACGAAAGAAAAAAAAAACAUAUAAAAAAAGAGGUGGUAUAAUAGCUUAAAUCUGAAUUGGAAUCGGAUAUAUCAUUGAGAAAUAGAUAAUUCUAUAUGCUAGAAGGAGGAAUCCCCAGAAUUCUUGUUGACAGCAAUCAAAUAUCAAACCUUACUUGUGUAAUUCAGGCGCUUGGCCGGAUCGGGACUCGGGGUUCAACCGCACGCCGCCGACGACGAGGGCGAUAUCAAAUCGACACAACACCACUAUUGCAACUUCUUUACUACGAGGCCAAAACUCUAUAGAUCUCCCAGCUCCAGGGAUUGGCUGGGUCUUCCACUCGUCGCCUUGUUUUUCUCCUUCCGUAGGUCGUGCUGUCAACCAGCCAUAUUGCAGCAUGAGGCGCCUGCUAUCAUUUCUCCCCCUCUCGCUCGCUGCGAUCACCGGUGUAGCCGCCUACGAUGCCAGAGCUUACACAUUUGAUACACGGCAACAGUCUGUGCCACCGGUCAACCGAGUAGUGACUCCAGAGACAGCGAGGCUAAUAUUAGCCAGCCGAUUAGAUCUCGCAGAUGGUUCAACGUUAGGCCAAGUCGACGAGAUCCUUAUCCGGGAUCUCAAUACGUUUGGAGGAGCACAAACACCUAUUAUGGGCGAUACAUCGGUUGGCGAUUGUUCAACGAAGAUGGCACUUGUUUGGGAGGGCGUUGAUGUCCCUGAUCUUGCGUCUGUUUCAAAAUAUUCGACCGAUUCUUUCACUAUUCCCUCUGCGCCUGCUGACCUAGUCUCGGAAUCUUUUGUUGAAAACCUACUCACUCACUCCUCCGCUAUGCUGACUACGUCAAAACCAUGUCUAUACGAUUUUGAGGUAGAUGGUCGACUUCAGGGCACGUUAAUUCUGAAUGCAAACCAAUGCCCCUCAAAGAAAGAUGUCUUCUCGGCAACGAGCUCGAUAUUGGAGGAAGCGGCAUUCCGCCAGUUUCUGGCCCGAGGUGCCAAGGGCUGGGGAGGUGAAUGCGCAACCGCUAUUCUGCGGCUUUCAUCUACGUCAAACACGCCCGCAGUACGGAAAACCGUCUUUGCAACCAUUGCAGAACUUAGUAUUCUGGCAAAGGACUCCAAACAGGACUCUGUCAUGAUAUUUACUUCUCCUUCGCCAUCGUACCACACGCUUAAGUACCGAUCUGAAGAAACGAAGCCCGGCUUGCCGAAUACUAUACAGGCAAGAUCCUCAAGAAACGUCCGACGAGGCCACAAAUUUCCUUCAACUAUGAUGCCCGUGUGCUAUAGCAGCAACGAGACCUGCACAGAAGCGACAAAUAAUUGCUCUGGCCACGGAUCGUGCUACCGAAAGUUUGCAUCCAAAGAGAACGCCAAGGGAGACUGCUUCGCCUGCAAGUGCCACCGGACUGUUGUGCGGACGAACGACGAUGGUACCGUCAAAACUGUCCAAUGGGGUGGAGCUGCAUGCCAGAAGAAGGACGUCAGCAUUCCAUUUUUUAUUAUUGCUAGCCUUACGAUCCUAAUGGUUAUUGCGGUUACGGGAGGUAUCCGGUUGCUCUUUAGUGUUGGGAUGGAAGAGUUGCCUAGCGUUAUUGGUGCUGGGGUUGCUGUGCCAAAACCGCAAAAAUGAACGGUUUAUUUCUUACUUCUCCAUUUUAUUUUAUUUUCUUCUGCUCCUAUCGGUCUCAUAUUGGCGUGUGGGUAUUUGCCUGAGUUACAUUUUCGUAUCUAUUUUCUCGCUUCUUGCUUUCAUUUUGUUUCAGCUGCAUCUAUUUUGCCAACUCAAGAUCUCUUUUAUACGGGGUUUUCUCUCUUUUCCAAAUUUGGCUUCCAUUUUUAGUUUUUGGUUUGUGUCUCCUGUAGUAUAUAUCACCAUCCUUGGAUACCUCUGUGCUAACUAACUCCAUAUUAAACAUACAUAACGAUAAUGGUUCAAGCGACCGGUGUUUUGCUGCUUUUUCUUCAUUUCGCCAGUUUCUCACUUUUCCCAUCACGAUAAACCCAUUGUUAUUUGAGGUCACUACGAUCACCCACCCAGCACAAGGACCAUCUGACCGAAUUUACAUGCCGCUCAGUUGGCAAAUAUGCAAUUUAUUUACACGCUCGCUACAAACCACAUACAGUGACACCGCCUCGAACUAGAACCCCCCUGCCAACGCCAAAGCACACUGAGAAUCUCCUAAUCAUCCUGCUUUGCAAUCCGCACUCUACACAGGCAUUAGCUAUUAGCCCAUGCCACCGCCUACACACAUACCAUACACGCCCUUCCCCAAUGUCUCACAUAUUCCCCUCGAGUAAACGUAAAUAAUAACCGUUCGUUCCCCACACUCAAUAAAACCACAGCGCCAUGCUCCAACAGGGGGCAGUGCAUGUAUUAAACCGGUGGGCCUGGGUCUUUUACACUGACCCUCGUCUCUGUAAACCGGUUCCGGGCAUCGAGGCACUGUCGCCGUAGCCGCCCAUUAAAAUUAUGUACAAGUACAUGUAUACAAUACACACACAUGUACCCCCAUACCACC